GUUGUUCAAUACUAGAGUUAGCCACUUUCUCUCCCUAAAAUGUUAGAAUAUUCUGAUAAUAAUGUCCGGAACUUUAUAUUUUCAACAUGAGGAGAUAUGUGACCAAAUUAUCGUUUAUAAGUAAUUCAAACCGAUCAAAUAGACAGUGAGAUUGAAAACAUAAUUUAUUAUCAGCUCUAAGAACAUAUUAAAAAAAAAGAUGUAUUACACAAAAGACCUAUGCGUAACUACACAUAUAUAGCUUUCAUCUUUGUGUUUUGUGUUGUCAUCAAUGGCUGGAACUCUCCCCGGUGUUGAAUAUGCUCGGAGACGACGGUUCCACCAGACUAGCAGGUGGUUGGAAUCCCCAACCACGGCGGCUUUUGGCUCGACAAGGCAGUCAUCUUUUUGUUUACAUUCAAGCCACCAUGAAUCCCAUCUGAGCUCAAUCUCAAAUUCCCUGCAAAAAAGCACACAGAGGAAGGCAUAUGAGGAUGAGAAGCUAGGAGGUGUGGCUAGAGCAGCCAAGGUGAGGCUUGAUGAGAGGCUAAGAGCUCAAUGGAAUUCAGAAACCAAAAGGAAUAAUAGCCAGGAGAAAUUGAGGUGUAUGGAGGGAAGAAGAACAAUGAUGGCAACAAGCGAUUUGCAAAAAGAGGUGUUUGGAUUGAAGAAAACACUAGUGGGUUCAAUGAGGUUCAUGAGCUGGGCAAAGUUGGGGUGGAAGGGCUCAGAAGAACAAGAAGAGUGUGCCAUUUGUUUGGAAAAUUUCAAGAAUGGUCAGACCCUGGUUCACCUUCCAUGCACCCACCGGUUCCAUUCUAGGUGCUUGGUCCCAUGGCUCCACACCAACGCUCACUGCCCUUGCUGCAGAAAGGAAAUCUUGAACUGAGAAAAUAAAUAAAUAAAUAAAUAAGAGAAAAAAUUAGAGCAUUAAUCCCUCUAGUUUGAGUGAGAUUUCCCUUUAAUUCUUAUAGUUUCAAUUUCAUUAAUUUAAACUCUACGCUUUUGAUUUUGUUUUAAAUGUAGUCUCUCUGACAAUUGGCCCUAGCAUUUUGAACAACAAAAGCCACGUGUAAGUCUGGUGAGACAUUUAACAAUUCUCGCAUAAGUAAGAAAAAUGAAUAAAUUACGCUUUUGGUUCUUACAA